AUGCAGGUCUUCAUCAACAGAUGGACUCGUUGUAUUAUCAUCGUAUCCAAUGAUUUUGCACUCGUUCUCAGAGAUUCGCGGUCCGAAGAAGAGUUAUCCAAGCUGAAGAAACAAAGAAAGAAGGACCAUUUGCCGGAGUCUGAUCCCAAGCUAUUGAUCGAGUUCAUAUGUGGUUCCACUCUACCAGAUCUCGAGGCUUUACAUUUUAUAGAGAUCCAUGUUGGUCAUUAUACUCCGUCUCCUACUGGCACUUCUAGUAUCAAUUCUGGUUUGGGUGAUGUACCAUCUUUAUACAGACCCUUCCCUCUGCACGAACGAAAUUUCUACGGCUUCUUGGGUCUUUAUUUCGCUAAAGGCUCCAUUUAUGUCGGUUUUGUCACUGAAAAGACAGAGGUAGGUAGCGCCAUUGUCGGUAAUAAGAUCUAUCGUAUUGAUAACACCAUGUUUAUCUCUCUUACUACUGGUGAGUGUUUUGACUAUUAUGCUGAAGAUAAUUCCCAGAAUCAGGAAGCCACGGUAUCUUCUUCUAAAAUACGAUCUGUUGAAAAGUUGCUUGCCUCUGGUACUUUCUACUACUCUCCACAUUAUGACAUGUCUUCGUUCAUGCAGGAAAGGGGAGAGUCCAGUUCCGGUUACACGUUCGAUUCUUCUCUCUACGAGUACAAUAAUCGGUUUGUUUGGAACGGUAAUAUGAUUCAGGGGCUUGUCGCCUUUCGCAGUCGGUUAUCUUACUCAGAGAAGAAGGCAUUUGAUAAGGGAAAGUUCUUACUUACUGUUAUCCGAGGUUUCGCCCAGUCUCUCACAAUCAAUAAUUUAUCUGAGCCUGCAAACCCCUUUCUUAUGACCGUCACAUCUAAACAGGACUGUAAGAAGAGCGGGCCUCUAUUUGGUCCAUAUGGACUGGAUGAUAAUGGUAACGCUACUAACUUCGUUGAAACUGAGUUCAUUAUCAGUAAUAAGGAUCAUAAAUUUGCAUUUCUCUUACUUCGUGGUAACGUACCACUUUUCUGGAAGUUGGAGGCACAGCUGUUGAGGACGAAAGUAGAGUUUCCGAGGUCUGAUGAUGCCUCUAAGCAUGCUUUUACCCGUCAUUUCGAUAAUCUUGUAGCCAAAUAUGGCGCGAUUCAUGUGGUUGAUGCUUUAUCAACGAAAGGAAGUCAGCCAGAAAUUAGCAAGAAGUAUCACGAGGCAUUGAAGGCAAGUAUAAUGGGUAAUGAACCUGUCUUGUACAGUAAAGUUGAUGCCUCCCAGUGCAGUAGGAAGAAAAAUACCGACGCUUACGCCUGGGAGAUGAUGUCUCAUUUAGAGGAGUCCAUUAAAAGCAAUCAGGCCUAUUGUUCAUUAUCUGAAGAUUAUAUGCUACAUGAGAUCGUCUGUAUGAGGCAGCUUGGUACAUUCCUCGUCAAUACCCUUGACUCAAAUGAUCGUGCCAACUUCAUUGAGAUGAAGAUUAGUGAACAGAUCGUCACAAUGAUAUUCAAGACGUUUGGCAUGGAGGAGCGAGUUUCUUGGGACGACUUUUGGCAUAAUCAUACGUUUCUAUGGGAUGCUAAUGGAAGAAGUUUGGGUAAAUUGGCUGAUAGCUAUAACAACUCAAUUCGCACCAAGAAUAAAAGUGGAGGUAUCAUGGGUAAGAUGGCCAAUCAAUCGAAAAAGUAUGUUUCGUCGUCGUCAUCUUCUUCAUCCUCUUCCGGAAAGCAGGCUCAGUUCGACAAGUUGUUGGGACGAUUGGAAAAGCAGUUCCAAGUGCAAUUAGUUGAUCCUAUUCACGACUAUGUGUUGACUGAACUUGAAAAGCGAUCAAAUGAGUUCUCUUCUAUGAAGCAGUUGAAGAUUUUCACAGUGACCUUCAACGUCAAUGGAGAACAAUUUCCAGGAGAUAUCACCAGGCUUAUAUUUCCCGAACCUGAAAGAUAUAAUAGAUACGAUAUUGUUGUAAUCGGAUUGGAAGAAGUUGUGGAACUUACACCCGGUAAGAUCAUGAACAUCGACCCCAAAAUACGACUUUUCUGGGAGAAGAAGCUCAAAAGCACGUUGAUUCAAUUCAACAAUGACAAUUAUGUUCUUCUUCGGGGUGAGCAACUUGGAGGUCUCUUGUCGCUUAUUUUUGUCAGAGAGGCAGACAAUCUUCAGUAUAUUAAGGAGAUUGAAACUGCAUCGAAGAAGACGGGACUGAAGGGGAUGGCAGCCAAUAAAGGUGGUGUUGCCAUCAGUUUUAACUAUUCGAAGACAACAAAGUUUUGCUUCGUUGUGUCCCAUCUUGCAGCAGGGUAUUCAAACACUGAAGAAAGGCAUCAAGACUUCAAGACUAUUGCCAACGGAUUGCGUUUUAGACAGAAUAGAAUGCUUCGGGAUUUUGACGUUGUGAUUUGGAUGGGUGAUUUCAACUUCAGAAUCGAUGCUAGCAACGACUCUGUGAGAAAGGCAUUGAAAGAUGCUUCUAUGUUGUCAGCAGAGUCUGCAGAUAAGCAGAAGAUCUUUAAUAUGUUAUUUGAGCAUGAUCAGUUGAAUAAUCAGAUGGCCACCGGUCAAUCAUUCCCCUUCUUUGACGAGAAGGAGAUUUCUUUCAUGCCCACUUAUAAAUACGAUAAAGAUACCAGUGUAUAUGACUCCUCAGAAAAGCAGAGGGUUCCUGCUUGGACAGAUAGAAUAGUAACGUUGACGAGAGAUAAGAGGCUGCUUCAACAAGAGUUGUACAACUCGAUACAAUCGUUCCAAUUCAGUGACCAUAAACCUGUAUAUGGGGUUUUCAGCGCAGAUUUUGACAUUGUCGAUGAAGCGUUGCGGUCCAAAAUAGAGCAAAGACUCUAUGAAGUUCGCAAGGCGGAGGUAGGAGGAGUGAACUCGAUCAUUUCUAAUGAUUUGAUGCAGAAUAAGGGUGGAGUACUUAGGUACGGAUUGCCGGCUCCUUCCAAUUCCGGCUCAACGUGGUGGCUAGACAAGGAAGUGAAGUUUGCACAACUGGAAUCGGGAGAAUACGAGGUGAAUAGCAGAAUGCCAAAGAAUCCAUUUAUCGGCACUACAGAGAAAGAGUUCGUGAAAAUCGUCAAACCUAAAGCCGGCAAUUGA